UGCGAACAACCGAUGUAUUUAGGCAACUCCUGGAAUGUAACUUCGAGUUCAUAAAACCGGACAGCAAACACCCAACAGAAAGGGUACAAUAUGGACGUAUACAAAUACCCAGUAUUCUUCGAGUGCCAGACUCUUGAUCUAUUCGAUAAAGAGAGGAUACGAAAGUACUUUAAAAUUCGACGAAAAUCCGGUGGCGGAGAUUGUGGACAAGUGGAAACAGUUGGUGACUGCGUUUACAAGAUUGCUUUCAAAGACCAGACAGACCAGGAGGAAGUACUUCAGAGAAAUUGUCAUGUGUUGGAGCUGGCUGGGAGAUCUUUGACCCUGAAUCUGAGAGAGAGCCUGGAUCCUCCACCCACAACUCACACCUCAGAAAGCAGACUGUCGAGUUGCCUCUCCAUGCCUGUUGAAACAUCACCAUCUGGUCAUGAAGAUGUACUCAGAGGUUUUAGUUCAGUUAAGCAGGAGAAGAUCAGCAGCACCUGUCAACUAGGACAGUCUAGGCCAAGCCUUCUUUGGCAAAUUAUAGAGAAGGAGUUAGGUGAGUUUAUGCCAGGGGUGAAGGUAACACGCGGUAACUCAUCUCAGUUGGUGCUGGAGGGCUCGGCAAAUGAAGUCCAGACAGCCAGGCAGUUGGUUACAGAUAAAACUCCUCUGGUGAUGGAGCGGGUAGUGUCUGGGGUGUCCCCCAUCCUCCUGACUUUUCUGAGUGAGGCAUAUGGUAGGCCUGGGGCUCUGGGCUGUCUGCUGGGAUUUGGAAGCCAGGUGCAGGUGGAUCUAGGGGUCACAGAGCUCCGGUUGUUCACACUCUCCUCCGAGAAACUUGACCAGGCAGAGAAGGCUCUGCUGGGGGAGUUUGGGGAGGAGAUGAUUGACGUACCCAAUUGUGACUCCUUCCCACCUGAACUAAUGUCCAUCAUUGAGAAGAAGGUGAUGGAGAUGAACCAACACAGAUGCAGGGUGGUGGCCAGGUAUGUCCCUGGUUGUCGAGUGCAGCUGCUGGGCCACGUUAAGGAGGUUCAGGAGCUGAGAGAAGAAAUCCAAGCCUUUCUGAUUGACCAGGCCAGUGGAAGAGCAGUGGGAUGCCCUCAACAGUACCAGAGUGGCUUAGUCAGCGAAGCAGGCGUCAACUCUAGAUGGGAGGAGACGGUCGCAGACGCCAGCUAUUCCCUCCCAUGGGGGCUGCAGGUUGUGGUGCGUCAGGGGGACAUCACCAAGGAAGAAGCGGAUGCACUGGUAAAUGCUGCCAAUGGGGAUCUGGAUCACGGUGGAGGUGUGGCUGCAGCUUUGAGUCGGGCAGGGGGGCCUGAGGUACAGCAGGCCAGCAGGGAUCUGGUUAGGCAGGUUGGAAGAUUAGCUACAGGUAGUGUGGUAGAGACCACUGGAGGGAUGCUGCCUUGUAAGAUUUUGCUUCAUGCGGUGGGACCAGUAGGUGGCAGUGUAGGUGGGGAAGAGCGCCCUCUGCUAGAGAAGACGGUAAAGACAGCCCUGGAUCUAGCAGAGAAUCUGGAGCUCCAGACCCUGGCCAUGCCCUGCAUCAGCUCAGGGAUAUUUGGGGUUCCUCUGAAGGUGUGCUCCGAGGCCAUAGUCUCUGCUGUGAGGGACUUUGGGAGGGAACAACACAUCCUUACCAAGGUCACUCUGAUUGAUGUACAUACAGAGGCAGUGAAAGCCAUGCAGGAGGCCUGUGAUAGGCUGUUACUGGGAAGGGGGGAAUCAUCUGAGUGGGAGGGAGGGUCCAGGACCACAACUACCACCACAAAUACUUCUCAUGGGGACACUGAUACUUACACCAGGGGAGCAGUCGCUUCAGAGACCUGUGUCCAGGUAGAGAUUGUCCAGGGAACCAUAGAGAAGCAGCAGGUGGAUGCCCUGGUGUCUCCCAUGGAUGGGAAUGAACCUCUGUCCACCCGUGUUGGGAAUGCCCUGUUUGAGGCAGCUGGACACCAGCUGUUGGCAGCGUUUCGGAGGGGAUCACAGGAUCAAAUUGCUCCUGGUGACACUGUUCUUGUCGAGGGACUGUCCGGUUUGAGCUCUAGCCGUGUGUUCUUCCUCAGUUGUACCCAGUGGAAGUACAACUCUAAAGCACUAGCAGUGCAGGCUUUAAGACGGGGUGUGAGGAAUAUCUUGACCUCUUGUGAUGACAAAGGCAUCCGAUCCGUUGCUUUCCCUGUGGUCGGGACCGGUAUUGUACUAAAGUUCCCAGACGAAGUGGCAACAAGAGUUCUGCUUGAGGAGAUCCAUAAGUAUGAGAAGAGCAGAGCAAACAGAAGUCUCUCCCUUGUCCUUAUUGUUGUCCAUCCUAAUGACCGAGAGUCUACCAAGGCUCUCCAGACAGCCCAGAAAACUUUGUGUCUCAGUAGUUUCAAAAGUGUUGAUUGUCCAAAGCAAGACAUAAGGAUUGUGUUGCUGGGAAAAACCGGAGGAGGCAAAAGCAGUUCAGGAAACACAAUCUUAGGACAAGAGAGUGUUUUCCUCGCUGAAAGUUCCUCCAUCUCUACAACCCAGAUAUGUGAAGCGCAGACCAGAAGCAUCAACGGAAGGAACAUCACCCUGAUUGACACACCUGGAUUAUUUGAUACCAACAUAUCUGAAGAGGAACUGAAACCUAGAAUAGUCAACUGUAUUACUGAGUCUGCUCCAGGGCCACAUGCUUUUGUAAUCGUGCUGAAAGUGGAACGUUACACAGUCCACGAGAAAGAAAGCGUAACAAAGAUUGAGAAAUAUUUUUCACCAGAGGCCUUCAAAUAUGCGACAGUGCUAUUCACUCACGGCGAGGACCUCAAUGGUUUGACCAUUGAGGAGUUUGUCCAACAGAACGAUGAACUGAAAGCACUUGUGGAUAAAUGUGGAGGACGCUGUCACGUCAUCGACAACAAACACUGGAACAACAGUCAUCCGGAUCCGUACAGAAACAACCAGCACCAAGUGACUGAGCUACUCAACACCAUAGAGAAGAUGGUGAGAGAGAACGGAGGAGGGUGUUACACCAACGAGAUGCUCCAAGCGGCAGAGAGACUAAUCCAAGAAGAGAUAGAGAGCCUUAGAAAGGAGACUAAUGGCAGGAUGUCUGAUGAAGAGAUGAGAAAACAGGCCAAAAGAAGAGUGAGUAAGAGACUCCUGAUCCAACUAACUGGGAUAGCAGUAGGUACAAUUGUAGGUGCCUUCCUUGGGAUGGCUCUGGCGAUAGGGAUCCCAUUGUUACUUCCUGCCCAGUCUUUGCUCAGUUUACUCAAACGCACUGUGAUACCUACUCCGAAUAGGCCAGGAAGUUCAGGGUUACUUGCAGCAUCAGCAUUUGGCGUAAGUACUGACGCACUGGCCGCAGGCGCUGUCCUUGGCACGGCCGCAACUGCAGGAGCGGUUAGAGGAGGGAUAGUUGGCGCUACUGCAGCAGAGAAGUCUGAGACAGUACUGGAGGCAGCAGAGAACGCUGCUAAUGCAGUCUACGAUGAAGCUGUGGAUCUUUACAAGAAAGCAGAGGACUUUAUCAAAGGGAUUGGGAAGAAGUGAACUAAAGCUGGAGUCAUAUUGUGAUGGUGAUGUGUGAUUCACCAUCUGACUAACUAGCUUUUACUAGCCCUUAUAGAUGUGUUCAUAUAUUUUUUCUAUAUAAAAACAAGCGUUAAGUGAUUUGGCAUGUCACAUGGGUGUAACACAGGGACAUUUUUAUAUUUCUAGUAAUUCAGGAUUAAAUUUUUGGGUCAUGGCGACUGAAACAGGGAGGAGUGUUCAUAACUCAGCAGUCAAUACAAAUACUCAGAGUAAGGACAAUAUGUUAAUACUCUAUAGGAAGGAUUGUAUGUAAAGCAUGAAGUACACCAGAGUCAAGUACAUUUCUGUUGAGGCAAGGGAGGUCACCAACCAUCAGGCAAAGUUGAUAUGGGUGGUUCCAAAUUAGAACAGAAAUAGAUUAUAAGAUGUGGAAUGUUUAGACCGGGGGUGGAGCUACUACAGACCGGGUUGUGGAAAGAAAAGUUACACACUCCCUCUCCCUGUCAUUAUUAGUAAUGGGUUUCAUUGAGAUGAGAGUCAAUCAUGGACAUUUAAGCUGGUUUGGUGAGAUCAACAACCUGGAACCUUGGCAACACCCAAACGUUAUACUGAUAAAUCACCAGAUACUGAAGGGAAGGGUGUGUACUAUUACUGAAAAUAGUAUUGCGUUUUUAUGAUUUUUAUCUGUCUAGAUAUCUAGAUAUUAGACUCUUAGGUCCCCGUUACGGGAUAUAAAGACAAAAGGAGAGGGGGCCCUAAACAUAAUUUGAUUUGAGCCCCCCCCCCCCAGUGGUCCCUAAUGGUUGGGGGCCCCCUAGUAGCCGGGUGCCCUAAGCAACCACUUAUGUCGCUUAUGCCUAGAACUGGCCCUGUGUUUACCGCCAAUGGGAAUGUUUUCUAAAAUAAUUCCAACAGUGACACAUCUCUUGCCUCUUUCUUCCCCCACCAUUCCCUUUUGUGAACCAAUGUGUGUUAUUAAAAUGUAAUUUUUCCUCUUCUUUCUAGCACUGACUUUGCUGACAGCAACAUCUUUGAGUAACACAAACUUACUACUACUGGGUUUUGUGGUUGGCCAACUUCGCUGUCUUAAAUGAAAUUAGUAAUUGCAAAUCACUCUGGAUUGGAGUAUGUCUUAAAUUAUUACAAUGUAAAAUAACAUGGUACAAAAUUGUAUAAAAGAGUGUAAACAAUAAGGGGUUGUUUUUAAAUUGGGCACUGAUUAGUUUAGUUCUUUAUAUUUAUAUCAUUAUAGUGUCUUGUAAUGAAGACGUAUAAGUAUGUCGUAUACGUAUUACAAUGUAUUGUCAUGUUAUUCAUAUAUCAAUAUGUAUAUGAUUGGAUUGAAUUACAAUACAGUUUGGCAGGUGUAAGACUUUUCUGUUUGUAACAAUUGAAGUUUUGCAAUGGCACUCUUCCUCUGCUCAAUGACUGUUCUUCUGAUACGGAAUCCUUUCACCUGCUUGGGCAAUCACAAUAAAUUACAGGAGGGAGAAAUUUGGACAUUGGACAAUUUAUCUAGUUAUCAUUGAAACAUUAUUACAACAUUUCAAAGUAAAGCUCUUCAGAUCAAUGAAUCCUCCUGCUGUUCAUAAUUUCUUUAGGUGUUUAAUUGUUUGAUGUGUAUCUAAUUAGUUAAUUGCACAAGCCACAGCUUUGCUGAGAAAGUUCAUGGGAAUCAUGUUUAAAAGGUGAUUUCAGUGAAUUUCUAUCUGUUCUCUAACCUGUUGGAUUUGUAUUGAAACAGUAAGAGGUUAAAGUGCACAGUCAUCUGUCAUUUUUGGGUAUUUUCAUCUAUAAACUUUGAACUGUUUAGGAA